AACGUAACUGUGCAGCUACGACUCUACCUGUUACAACGACGUCGUUUUUGUCCCAUUUUCUACAGCUUAUUUCUCAAUCCAGAACCCUAACAAAACCACUCAACUUGGAACUUUCGCUUCCCACAUCUCUUAAACGAGAAAACGCUUAAACACUCACCUCCAAACACCAAUUCCACCAUCACCAUGGAAAGAGAAGUACUAAUUGCUUCCUCCUCAAUCGACGGUGGUAUCGGUUGCUGGGACCUCCAAACAGGCGCCGAACUCCUACGGUAUAAAUUCUGCGCCUCUACUCCUCACGGCCUUACCUGCGUAGGCCGCAGCUUCCUCGCCUCUUCUCAGCUGCGCGAUCCCCAUGCAUCAUCUGGCUCUAUUCACUAUUGGUCCUGGACUAAGCCUCAAGUAGAGGUCAAGAGCUUUCCGGAGGAGCCAAUAAAGCCGCUUGUUGCUAACAGCGAAGGCGCCUAUAUUGUUGGUGGAGGUUUGUCUGGGCAUAUUUACCUUUGGGAGGUUGCAACUGGUAGAUUGCUUAAGAAAUGGCGUGCUCAUUAUAGGGAAGUUACGUGCUUGGUGUUUACAAAGGAUGAUUCGUUUCUGGUUUCUGGGGCAGAGGAUGGAUCUGUUAGAGUCUGGUCACUUCUCAUGAUAUUUGAUGAUUAUCAAACAGAGCAGUCAAGCCAUCUCUAUGAGCACAGCUUUCUAGGGACCACUUCACCGGUAACUGAUAUAGUAACAGGUUAUGGAGGAGGCCGUGCAAUUAUAAUUGCAGCUUCUGAGGAUCGAACUUGUAAGGUGUGGAGCUUAUCUAAGGGGAUAUUAUUGAGAAAUGUUGUGUUUCCCUCAGUAAUUGAUGCAAUUGCUUUAGAACCUGGUGAACAUGUCUUCUAUGCUGGCAGUAGAGAUGGAAAUAUAUACAUUGCUGCACUAAAUGCUGACAGUUCCUCUAGCAAAAGUCAUUGGUUGCAUAUUGUUAGUUCAUUAUAUAACAGUAAGCCUGUUACUUGCUUAGCAUAUAGUGCAAAUGGAAAUUUAUUGCUAUCCGGAUCAGUGGAUGGCGUGAUCCGCAUUUGGGAUGCCACAAGCUAUGAUCCUGUUUGCACCUUUAAACAUGCAACAGGUCCUGUGAACAACAUCCAAAUUGUUAGGUGGCCACUUUAUCUGAAUCCUCCAGUAUCAUUAAAUGUGCAAGCUUCCUCAAGAAGGCAUGGAUCAUUAUUGCCACCUCCACUGGAUAAAUAUGUGAACUCAACAGACAAAAACACAGGAAUUAAUGCAGUUAUUAGGCUCCAGUCUUCUUACAAUGGUCCUCCAGAUGCUUCAUACCUCAGCUGUCAAGUGAUUGAUAAUCAAAUCAAAGAACUUAAGCAACAAGGUUCUGCUGCUGCAGCUGAAAUGGAGGUGGAGAGACUAAAGCUGGAUUGCACGCAUUAUACGCAAAUGCUUCAGAAGUGGAAGAAAAUGUAUGACAAUUUGCAUGAAUUGUGUGUAAAUGAAAUAUUGGAGGGAGAUAAUGAGGUAAACACCAAUUAAAACUUAACCUGAGGGCUGAGGCUAUUCGAUUCUCCUUUCGCGAGCAGCUUCUAAAAUUUUGGAUAUAUAUAUAUAUUUAUUUAUUUAUCGUCAAUAUGAUGAGAGAAUUGAGCCAUUCACUUUUUCAUUCUUCUUAAUCGUGGGAGUUGCUUUGGAAAUUUUCAUUUUUGUUUAGUUGGAAAUGCAGAAAGUUCUGGUGAGUCAUUAUGUAACAAACUUCAUUAUUUAGGAUCAGAAUUCUGUUCCACUCAAUCUAGGUCAUCCAUUUGUUUCA